UCUCGGGUGAAAACAGCCGUCGUAGUUCGACACUGUGGCAUAGCCACGUACCGUAGAAACGCCACCUCAUUCACCCAUUUAUAUAAUCACUAAAUUUCUCUCUCGUUGCUUCCUAUUGCAUUGUCAAUGGCGGACCCUUCAGAAACCGUACAACCCAAGGCGGUGGAAAUCGCCGAUGAUAAUAUUAUUAAUGAUCAACAACCCAUUACUCCUUCUCCCCCGCUGUCCUCUAAUUCCGACAAAGUGGAACAUUCUCCGCCGGAGGACGAGGCGGCGGAGAGUUCUGAAAUGUUGAGGAAAAAGCAACCUGUUCAUCGCGUUCUUGGCUCCGGAAAGCUUGCGGAUGCGUUCUUAUGGCGGGACAAGAAGGUCUCGGUUGCGUUUGUUGGCGGAGCAACGAUAGUUUGGGCGUUUUUUGAAUUGCUUGAAUAUCAUUUGCUUCCAAUUCUAUGUUACGCGUUGAUCGUGGUUGUUGCUCUCUUGUUUCUUUGGUCCAAUGCUCAUAUAUUCAUCUACAAGAGCCCUCCUCAUCUUCCGGAAGUUCGUAUUAGGGAGGAACCAUUGCUACAGGUAGCUUCUGCAGCAAGGAUAGAGAUCAAUCGGGCCAUUGCGAUGUUACGUGAUGUUGCAUCCGGGAGAGAUGUGAAGAAGUUUCUUGCUGUGGUUGUUGGCUUGUGGUUCCUAUCAGUAGUAGGAAAACGGUGCAAUUUUUUGACCCUGUUUUACAUAGUUGUUGUACUGCUGCACACGGUACCGGUCUUUUACGAGAAGUACAAGUACAAAAUCGACUCAUUUAUGGAGAAGAUCGUGGCAGAGAGUAAAAAGAAGUAUUCGGUUUUUAAUGAGAAAGUGGCGAGUAGAUUUUCCAAAGAACCAUUAAGGGACAAGAAGGAUUGAAAGAAAGGGAGGAAAAGGGUAUAAUGUAUGUUCUCUUUUGGACUUGAAAGUCUCCUUUUUCUUUCUGGCUAAUGUGUAAAUGUUUUGAUUUGAUGUUCAAACUCAAGCUUAUAUGUGUUUGUACAUAUUAAACUUUGUAUAAGGUUACUUCUUUUCUUGAA